AUGGCAUUGGCAAGGUACUUUAGCUACCUAGCCAGCUGUACGACUACGGAGCAGUAUGCACGAAUGAUGAUUUGCGGUCGGGAGGUCGUUGUCCAAUUCCUCUCAGCGACGUUGUGUCGGGCACCACAGAAACUCAGAUUGACGGUCAAAUUGGCCACCACCUGCCUCCUUCUUGCCGCCCGCCUAGAGGAACGGAUCUCAAAGUGGACAGAUGGGAAGGUGACGGGAGACGCAACGGCGGCCGGUGGUUGGCUGAUUUUAAUUUUGGAACACGGACGCCAGACCCGUUUCGGCCGGGCCCAUGUUGCUGGGCGCUUAACGGUUGCUGAGGGAAGUCGCCGACCACCAGGUGAGGCGAGCACCGCUCCUUCCUCCGUACACCACACCUCACGGGAGAGCUGCGGUGGCUGGAUUUUGGUGACACAGGAUUCGCUGGUUGCACAACGAUGGGGCAUUGAGGAACUAUUCUUGAAUACCAUCACAAGGACAACCCGCAAAAAAGACACUAUUAAAAACUCCAAUGUGAUGGCAUCGUGCUACCGAGAUGCGCUACAGCUGCAUGCCGCUGCACUACCGAUGCAAUUAUAG